GGACGGUGAAAGCCCCACACUUCAUACAAGCAACCUCUCUACGGCAGACAGAACGGCUUGGGCAUAUUUGAAAGGAUAUAUUUUAAGCUUAGAUGAAAAAUAAACCCUCUACAAACGCCAUCAUGAAGCUAUCCGAGAGCAAAUCCGACACCUCCAUCAUUGCCAACCUGUACAAAUCGAUCAACAACAGCUAUCGCCGGCUGUCCAACACCAGCAAUGUGCUGCAUCGCAUUCCGGAAAUGGAGAUCCCCAACAUGGCGAUUACCGACGAGUACGACAUCGAGAAGAUGAUCGCCGAGGGUUGCUUUGCUAAGAUCUACCUAGCGCACCAUCGUCCAACCGCGACCACGGUAGUGCUGAAAGCGAUCCACACCGAACUGACCAGCCUGAAGGAGUUUGUGCGUGAGUUCCACUACAACUAUCAGCUCAGCCACCAUCCAAACAUUCUCAGCUGCUACCAGGUGAAGUUUCAAACGAAGGAAUAUUACGUGUACGCACAGGAACACGCACCGUUUGGCGAUCUGGCGGCGAACGUGGGCGCGAGUGGACUACCCGAGAGUAGCUGCAAAAAGAUCGCCGAACAGCUCAGCUCUGCGCUUGGGUUUAUGCAUCUGAAAGGGCUGGUACACCGGGAUUUGAAGCUGGAGAACGUUCUCGUCUUUACGCCCGAUUUUUCGCGCAUCAAACUGUGUGACUUUGGCACGACGACACGGGAGGGUGUGCUGGUGAGCAAGAACAACAAAACAUGGACCGCUUUUCUGCCGCCCGAGGUGCUGGAGGUGGUCAAGAAUGAGCGGUUCAUCUGCAAGGCAUCGUCCGAUUCGUGGCAGUUCGGAAUCGUGCUGUACGUGUGUCUGACCGGAGCGACACCCUGGAAAUCGGCUGACUGGGUACGGGAUGCCAAGUAUGCCGUGUUCAUGAAAUACCAAAAGCGCGAGACGACCAAAAUACCGGAAAACUUUAGACGAUUUACACCUCGAUUGCUUCGUGCCUUCCGACGCAUCUUCGAUCACCGGGACGAGGAUCGGGCGAAGGUGACGGAUAUCAUGAAGUACAUGAAGAAUCGCUGGAUGGAUGGCAAGAUUACGGUGUCGAAGUCGGCUUCCAACAUAGCGUCCGUGGGCCAGCAACAGCAGUACCAACAGCCACAUCACCAGCACACCAACUCGGAUCAAGACUCCGUCAAGUACAUCAACCAUCGCGAAAGUCGCAACUCGUUCGAUGGUAAGUUGCGAGCACGGCGCAUGACCAGUGUUGGAGCACUCACGCCAGACUCGGUGCCGGGUUCGAUGAACCUGGCCGGGCCGGAUCAUCAGGAUGCGAUCCGAACCAAAGUGUGGGAUUGGCUGGAAUCGAACGAUCUGAAUGCCAGUGGCAGCGCAGAUGAUCUCACCUUCUGGAGCACUAAAGAUACGAAAACGUUGCAGCAGCAGCAGCAACAUCACCAGCAACAGCAACGGCGCCAGAGCGUGGGAGGCCAUCAGCUGCAACAGCAUCAGCAGGAUCUGAUCAGUUUCAGCGAAACCCACAGCACCAUGACCACAAGCAUGCUGCGGGAAACGAGGACCAUCACCAGCAGUGGUGCGAAAAUGUUCAAAUGAAAACCCCUCUAACCUCAAAUUCCACCUAGUGUGAAGCGUGAACCGACAGUACACAAGUGAGAACAAUACUCCUCAGAGUCCCAUUACCCCCAUACACAUCAAUCGCGGCACCGAAUGUUGCCUGACGUUUCCAGGAUAUUCGGUACGGCAGAGUAACUAGCUAGUACAUGUGAUUAUAUUAAUUAUGUGUGUGAUAAUUGCCAAAUGUGAAAGGAAUACCUAGCACGUAGUAGAAACAAGCAGUCCGUGCGAGGCGUUUCGCCAAGGGCUGGAAAGUGUCCGUUACCAAAAGCCCAUCAAUUGACGUAAUUUGUUGUAAAGUUGUGAAACAUUUUAGCGAAACCAUUUAUGAAGAAAACGAAACGCAAUAGAGAAACGAUGUUUGCGGAGAGGGAUAUAUAAAAGAAGCUAAACGUUCAAGCAAGCAAACACAUUACAAAAGUUGGUGUUGAUUUCGGAAAUGUGUGAGAACGUCGCAAAAGAAUUGAACCUACAUGACAAGAAAAAAUAUGUAAAUGUGUGAAAAUCCGAGUAACAAACAGGGAGAAGAAGUUAGCCAUGAAAUGUGUUAAAUCUUUAGUGAACGUGAUACAGUAUAAACGAGGGUAUUUAUACAUAUACAUAUAUUCAGAUAUACUGAGCUGUAUACAUACAUAUUUAUGAUAUUAAUUUUAGAAACAAUCGAAAGCUGUAUAUGAACUGUAGUGUAAGAAGAUUGUUUCAAAUCAUUGCGAAGAUCAAAAGGAUCGGACAACCAAAGUUGGGUCGAGUUGAUCAAACAGGAAACCAAACUGCUCACCUGUGUAUUAUUUGCUUUCCAAGUAAGUGUUACCCUGUUUGUGUAUAUCAUAGAGCGAUAUAGCGAAGAUAGUUUUAGCAAGAAAGCAAAACAAACCCCACGGAUUGUACACAAACCAACCAAAUCGAGUGUAAGGGUGAAGUAUGCUAAGGAUAUGGGGAAAAAAGCUCUAAGCUCUAAGUAAACGAUGCAAUAAUAGAUAAAAUAAAAACAACAUAGAAAUAUAGCAAGGGGAUCAAACAACCGAAAGAGUUAAAAGAUGAUGAAUUAAUUGAAACUUUACCAAACCACAGUAACACUCAAACAGUAGAAUACAAAUUUGAUGAAGUGUUGGAAAAAUGUGUAAUAGUGUUUUUUAUAAGCAGUAAAUUUACCCUAUUGAAUGACAUGGUGUAUGCUAAUGAUUGAUGAUUGAAUGAUUGUACAUUUUGUGGAGGGACUUAGCGGAUGCGGAUGAUUGGCAACUGGUUUAGUCGAUUAAUA